UUAAUGUUUGCUGUAAUGCAAUUAGUUUCUCGUUGCCCUGAGGGAUCUUUAGCCCUUGAAAAUCACUAUUGCAUUACGUCGCAAUUGCAAAGGGUUGUUUAUAUAAAGAGAGUGCCUGGAUCGCUAAUGGAAGCUGCAUUUGAUAGUUCAUUUUUAAAUGACUAAUAACAUAAUCUGGAUGUUUUUAGCUUGGUAAUUGUUGUGUCGAUUAAAUUAAGUAAUUUCCGUUUCAAUCGUAAUUCUAUUACUUUUAGGUUAAAAUUCGUGUACCCAAGAGCACAUCGAAACCGCCGAAGCUGACUGCAUCUCAAUUGAAAUUGCAAAACCAGUGUACGUGCGAAGACGAUGCGUCUGUUUGUUCUGAGACGUGUGGUCUCCCAGGCGAGGGGGGCGCUGGGGGCAAUAGGCUUAAUUUCCAGAUUCCCGACGACAUAUGCGAAGCUAUGACAAACAGAACCGCUCUGAACUCUGAGGUGGUCUACAGUAAAGCGGAGGCCCAUGGGAACCUCUGUAAUGUGUGCAAUGUGACGCCACAGGACGCUCCGAAGGGCGUGCAAGCACAAAAAGUCUUACACCCUGACAAAGAUGUUUUUAUACUGAAAAUUGGCAAGCAAACUGAUGAGCCGAACCGUACGGGGAAUAUAGAGGUGGAACUGGUCACACCCCGAGCUCCAGCGAAAGCGCAGCCUGCGACUCACUCCUGCAAGCAAAUCCAAUGUGAAGACCAGGAUCUGCCUUGUUGUGCGCCGUGCAGGACGUGCCGCGGCGUGGUGCCGAAGAAACGGAAGGGCAGGCGUCCGCCGAAAUGUUGCUUCUAAUUGUUGUUGCUUAA